AUGGCCGACAAGGCACAGACCUUCGAGAUGCGGACCACCCAGACCUCGCUCCUCACCAUCGCCCUGGCCUCGGCCGUCAUGGGCUUCCCCACCCCGCGGGAGGCCGCGUCGCCCAUGACCCCGAUCACGCCGUCCGAGCUGGAGGCCAGGCAGGUCACCGACGUCGAGAAGCGGUCGCCCGCCUUCGCCCCGCUGUUCCUAAGCGGCCUAUUCGGCGGCGGCGGCGGCGCCUCGCAGACCACGACCACGACCACGACCACCAACCAGCAGAGCGAUAACCACAGCCAGAACCAGGUGCAGACGGGCGACAACAUGAUCACCAACGACGUCUCGGGCGGCAACAACUCGGGCCAGACCCAGAACAACAGCCAGAAGCAGAAGAUGAAGCAGAAGCAGGACGCCAUGAAGACCAAGAUGAAGGCCAAGGGCCGUGUCGGCCGCCGCGACAGCAAGAAGAAGGACGACAAGAAGAAGGACGACAAGAAGAAUAAGGGCGGCAACAAGCAGAACUCGUCCCAAAAGACGCAGCAGCAGCAGCAAAGCGACAACAGCAGCCGGAACAACGCGGGCGGCGGGCACGCGGCGGCCGACGCCAACGUGUCGGGGGGCAACAACGCGGGGCAGACGACCAACAACGACAACAAGAACAACGUCAGCGCGGCGGGCGGGUCGUCCAACGUGCAGAUCUACAACAACUACCCGGCCGCGCCGCCCGAGAACCAGCAGAAGUCGCAGGACCCCAUGGUGCUGGCGUACCAGAACGCCCGCAAGCAGCAGCUCGCCGCCGUCCAGCAGCAGAACGCCAUCGCCGCCACCCUCUACCGCCGCGACCUCGAGCAGGCCAUCGCCUCCCAGAACCGCAACAUUGACCUCGUCCUGCAAGCCGAGGAAAAGCUCAAGCAGGCCCAGCAGAAGGCCGCCGCCGGCGCUGGUGGUGCCCCCGCCCUUGUAGGCGCCUCCGCCAGCGCCUCUGCCGAGGUCACCGUUGACACUGCCGCCGGCAACUUUGACGAGGCUUACUAAGGCUGGCAUGCAGACUUGCCGCAUCCUCCGAAAUCGCGCGUCGUCCCGGUCCGCGUCGACAAGCGCACAAUCCUGCUCUUAGCAGCGCGUCGACAUGGCUCCAGGGGCCGGCUGAUCGGCCCCGGGAUAGAUAAGCGGGCGCGACCCCGACAGCCGGCACAGGUGGGCAGCAGCAUGCGGGCCCGGGGCCGACGAACGCGCCCCAACUGCCGGACUCCCUCGAAAAGAGCAGACACGACAUGAGGACACGGCACAAAAACAUCGCCCAUUUGCUAACAGCCGAUGCCGAGUGGUACAAUUGGGCGCCCCCGUCUGCGGAUACACCAAGUAUGAGCCAGCGAUGAGAGGGAGAUGCCCGGGUACAUGCAAAAUAAGGGGGCAAAACCUGACAAUAUUCCAGUCACAGACUGUCAAGGAUGAUUAUUUGUCCGCAGUCCACUGCCUCAUCUGGGUGCACUUCUCAGGCGGAAGGAGCCAUGUGAUGACCCGCGAUAGGACCGAGGCAGCUAAUUGACCCGAAGUUGUGAGAUUCCUGCAUGGGGAUCCUUCUGGUGCUCAGCACGCAACAUAAACAGCUUGGAUAAGAU